AAGAGAGAGAGAAGAGAGCCGCGCGCGCGAACGCGUCCUUCCACUCUCGAUCGGGAAAUGGGUCACUGGUGUGUGUCUGCUUAAUUUCUCCGGCUCGCUGUUUAUUUCGUCUCAAGUGGUCGUGGUGCGCGCAUCUCGCCUGCCGCACCUGACAGCCUCACCACACACGCCCCGAGAUCAGUCCGGCCCCAGGUGCGCCCCUGACAACAACCACUCUCGAGCAAGACGACCACCAAGCAGCACCUCCAACACCCCACUAGGAGAUUUUCGCCCACAAUUCGACACCAUGAGGGCUCUGCUCGCACUAGCAGCCCUUUUUGCGUGCGUCCUCGCCGCCCUUGCUGACCCUGGCCAACCUCCGCAGGUCACAGUCAGACAGCACGUCGCCCAGAAGAGGUUUGGCUUUGGCGGCGAAACGCUGUCGAAGCUCUACAGUUGGAUCUUCCCUGGCGAGGAGCAAAACUCCCGCGCCUACGCCGCACCCUCGCACCACAGUCCUGUCUUCCGCCCACCGCCCGGGCCCAAUUACGGUCCUCCUCACCCUCCGAGGGGCAAAUUCCACGCCCCUCCGAGUGGGCCCCAACUCAAGGCUUGCAACCCCUGUAACAAAGUACCCUGGAUUCCGAUUCCGCAUGCCCAGUUUCAGGACGGCGGUGCCGUUUUUGCGGUGGUGAACGCGCCGCAGUUGCACCAGGGUUCGCAUGGUGGUGCUCAGCCCAACAUACCCGUUUACCAUCACUCCCCCCUCCCCCAGGGCUAUCUGCCCGGCUCGCAGAGACCCGAGGGCUCGAUCGCUUUGGAGGAUCACGUGGCCGCCCCGUCAGGUUUCCAGGGUGGUUCGCAAUCGGAAAUCGUCCAGAGCAUCCCUGUGGCCGAUUUCAUUUCUUCGAUCGAGUACCCGGUGAAUGUUGUACAGUCCCCAAUUAUUGAUAUUGACGCCGGCAAAGCGUUGCCCUCGCACGUGCAGCAUGAGGCCCAAGAGACCAGGCUUGACGUGCCUGCCGUGGGCGAGGUGCAGCACAACGAGGCACCUCAGACACAAAACUUGGUGCUGGAGAACAAUAUCAAUAAUAACAAUAACAACGACAACAAUAUUCCUUUGUCGAUUAACCAUGGAAUCGGUGGUGGCACGAGUUAUCAAAAUGUCAAUGUUGAUCAUACACGGCAAGAGGGAUUCACAAUCACCCCCUCGGUCCAAAUCGCUUCAGGGUCAAUAACCUCCCAACCUGCUCAACAAUCGGUUCAGGAAACACUCCCACCCCCCAUUCCCACGCAACAACAACCCCCUUUGAACCUUCCACCGGCACCCUUCCAAAUUCCGACCUUCCAGCAACCCCCGAGUGCCCCGAGUGCACCUGGCUUCGCCUUCACCGGUCCUUCGGGCGCACCCUUCCCUUCGGGAGCGCAACGCCUGCCCCCGAUCGGUUUCACCGCUCCCCAACAGCCCAACACCUUUUUACACGUGCCCAAUUUCCAUCCCCCGACGAGACACUUUAACUCUCCCGGCACUUUCAAACAACUGCCACCUUCAGCCGAGGGACUUUUGCCCCCACCCCUGCCUGCUCAGCAGCCCCAGCAACCCCAACACCAGCCCCAACAACCCCAACAGCCCCAGCAAAUCCAGCAGCCCCAGCAACCCCCUAACCGGCCCUAUCGCUUCGAGUUCAUUCCCCCGAGCGGAAACGGACUUUUGCACGUCAACCCCCAGCCGGUGCCCACCACCCAAGCCCCAUGGUCUCCGUCCGGCCCCCCUGCCGAGAGCGGUCCGGUCCUGAUCGAAGCAGGUAAUAAUCACGUCGAGUCGAUCAAAAGACCCAAAAAAAUUCAAAUCAUUGUCCCUUAUAUAGCCGCCUCGCAGCCACAAAAUACGCUGCUGGACGCCGAAGCGUCCGGUUUGCGCAGCCAGUGGCACCACCGUGAGAUCAACCACCAAUUUCAAGAGUCAAAACUCGUGUCCACCGAAGCCCCCGCGCCCGCCACCACUACCCCCGAAAAAACGGUCACGCACAUUUUGGCCUCCGACUUGAGGAAUUUGCUCAUCAGGGAGCAGGAGAAGCAGCAGCAACAGGCCCUCAACUCGAACCUGCUCAAGUUGCAAAACAAUAUCGAUUCGUGGACGGCCCAAGAGUUCAGCAACCCGGACACCAACAACAUCGUGGACGACCCGCAGAAACAAGCGACGACCGUGGCGGCCGCCACCUCUGCCAAGGCCAUCCCCAACGACUACUUCCCUACUUCACCCUCGUACUUCCGACCCACCCCCAGACCAACGUACUUCGACCACGAGCCCUCUGGCAGCAUCGCGCACAACGUCCACGCCAAGAUCUUCAGCAAGGGCGGCAUCAUCAAGCACGCGGUGAGACCGAAAGUGGCGGAGACGACAACGACGACUUUGGCUUCGACGACCACAGAAGAGACGACCACCGAAUUCACGACCGAUUACCCGACGACCACACCGGAACCGAGACGAACCACAAGCUGGGACCACGUAGCGGUUGGCUUCUCGAAAAGCUCCAACGAGAAGGUGUAUGUGGUCACGCCGAUGAGCACCCACCUGUGGACCGCCGUCACGACAGACACCCCCAAAAUUCCCACGACUUCCACCGAGAAAUCGGCCAAGGGCUAUUUUGUGAAGAGCAAGGCAGCCACUAAAUUCCUUGAGGCGACGCCGACAACCAAGAGUCCAGUCGCAAUUGAUGCCAGUGCUUUCCGCUCGCCGCGGUUCACCGUCAGACCGACAAUCGCCUCUGUAGCGCAAAUUGUAGAUGUUCGUACGUCUACCCCGCCUUCAAGAGGAAAUCGCUUUUACACAGUUCCCACUCCUGAUCCUUUCGAGCAGGCAACAACAACAAACAGCCCAGUUACUGCUGAGAGACGUUCAAGUGUCAGCCUUGACCUGACCACUGUGCCUACCUACUCUCCACCUGAUGGACAAAGCGUCCAAACUGCCACUGGACAUUCUAAGGUUGUGACAGUGGUAACUUCAGAGUCUUCGAGCAGCUCCGUUUCGCAAAAGAAGGCGACGCGAUUAUCAAUCAAACCGGUGAAAGUAGAGAAGGCCUCCCCUCAGAAGCAGGACGCCAAGGAAGACGAGGAAGAGGUGGUCGCCGCAGUCAGGGAAGUUUCGGCCGUCGACCUCAAACGCAAACCAAUUGCCUUUUUGUCGUGAUUCGUUGGAUUAGCGACUCUAAAGUGCCUCAACAAACAAAUUGAAAUCGCUCUGGGGAAUUGUCAACUUUAUAUAGGAUUAAAUUAUUAAAAAAAUAAGUUGACGUCCUGAGGCUAUUUUAGUUUGCGAGUCACUUUCUGCCAUAUUGAGUUGUGUUUGCAGAGGGGACUGAAAAUUGAGAUGUGUUUUUUUUUAUGUUUUGAAUUUUUAGUGCAUAUAGAGUGAAAUCCGCACAGGCAUCAUGAUUAUUUUUCUAUAUAUAUGUAUCAUUUUCACAAACACACACCGCAUAAAGCUCAAUUAGUUUUUUUGUAUUAUGCAAAUUUGUUUUUCCGCAAUAAAUUUUAAUAUAGCAAUUUUUCAAUCAAAUUAGUGUCACACGCCAUAAAAAAAGAUCUGGCCAAAAAUUUCAGAAUUUAUACGUGAAUUUUAAAUUAUUUUAUCGAAAGAAAGAUUGUGCCACUAACUUAAAUAGACUGAAAUGUAUAUUAUGAGUAUUUUUGUACGUUUUAAUAACUGCGAAAAAUGUAUAAUUUAAAAUGUUUGGUGUAGGCAUUCGUAAUGCGCACGUUUUCACAGCAAUAUUUUUAUUAAUUAAAAAAUAAAUAAAUAUUUU